CGCACCUCUCACAGAUAAACUAUCCUCUCCCUCGUCCAGCACAUCCUACACUCCAGUGCUCAGCCUUUCGUCGUUAGAACGUGACGUUCUGUAGUCCUCGCGACCAAAUAGCCUUCCGGACCCUCGUCUUCUUACCUCAUCUAACGACCGUCUGCUGUACGAGCGGCGCAACCGUCUGAUCACGUUGGGAGGCAAUCCGUUUUCCUCAACCCGCAACAGCGCAGCAGCCUCUCGCCCGCGGACACCUCGCUGUCAUGAGCGGGACACACUGGACGUCCCCACCGACGCGCCGCGAGCUCACCCUGCUCCUCUUCUGCCUCUGCGUCUUCGUCCUCGCGUAUAACUUUGACGCCUCGCUCCACCUCCUCUCUUCUCGCUCCCGCUCUUCAGCCUCUCCAGCUUCGCUAUUCGGGUUCCACAUCGGCGGCUCCGAGGUACCGUCCAUCGGCCCGGACGGAAGGCGACCGGAAGGGUACAGAGAUGCGCUGGAGAACGAGAUUUUCGGCGAGUGGGAUUGGGAGGAGGGGAAGGUCGCAGGCGUGAAGGCCUCGGAAGAAAGUCGGAUUAUCGCAUCGAGUGGGAGCGCGAAGGGGAAAGACGAGGACGCGUAUGUGCGGGGGGAGGGCGUGCCAGGUAAGAAUGCAAUGUGGUUGCAGGGCGUUCGCGAGGGCGUGUACAGCCAGGCAGAGGGGCUCGGGACGAUCAACGUGAACGAUGGGUUUGUGAGAUGGGGGGAGGACACGCCGAAAUCAUCUUUGGUAUCGCAUGUGCCAGGCUUCACGGUGCUGGAUCACGUCUUCAUGUUCAACGGGACGAUGAUUAUCGUGACGGACGACCCUUCGUCGAUGCCUGACACCGACGCCAUUGGCUCAUCUUCGACUGAUCGGAACCAACCGCCACAAGAAGUCGACUGGCAGGUCUUAUCGCACAGAGACGCGGCUUCGAGAUUAGGGCCUUACGGCGGAAGAAUUCAUGGAGUGACAUACAUGUCAUACGACGCCUCUUCAGCGAGCGAUGCAUACACACUCCUUUCGUUGCACCGACUCUACAGCACCGUCCCCUCGCACAACUCAACGCCGCCUCAUCGCCUCUUUUUCCCCACAAUCUCCACCUUCUCCGAUCCAGCUCCGGACCCCGAUGACGACGCUGUGAUUCGCAAACGCUCCAACACAGGCAUCCACCCCUAUACACUCAAAGCAGCCUACCCGACCCUGUCCGGCGCGCUCUUCUCCGAGGAUUUUGCAGACUUUAGUGGUCUCGACAUUCCUAUGCUCCUGGACCGCGUCGUCAUCGCCGACCGGGCCGCCGCAGCGAGGUACGGAAGCACCGCAGACUUGUGGUCGGGCCCCUUCACGUUGAACGCGCCUCGGGACUGGUUCGACGGCAUACAGCGCAAUCUAGCGAGGUACUUCGGUGAGGGAGAGGGAAAGGGCGAUGGGAAGAAAGAGGUGACGUAUCUGGUCAGGCAGGGAUACGCGGGCUCCGGCGCGCGGUUGAGGGCGGAGGACCACAAGGCCUUGUUGGAGCAGCUGAAGAACUUGCAGAAGAGCGGUUACAAAGUCAACGUGAUCGACGAGUCGUCGACGUGGGCGCAGAGAAUGAAGGCGGUCGUGCGGUCUACGAUCGUCAUCGGCGCGUUUGGAGAGCACCUCUCGGACAGCGUCUUCAUGAAGCGCCAGCCGCAGACGACCCUCAUGGAAUUUUUCCCCUCGGGCGUGUUCACGCGCGACUGGGAACUCGUCAUACGCUCCAUGGGCAUCCGGUACAUCGCGUGGCAAGGCGAGCAAAAAUACACCGGCGAGUCCCUCCCGUUGGUAUCGCGGCCCUCAGGUCCACAGGAGGUGCACAUAGAUGCCGCGGCGGUCGUGCGCGCCGUCAAAGAAGAGCUCUCGCGAAGAGCAUGAACGCGAUCUUCCUCCCGCCAGCAGCGCGAGGGGGGAACGCCCUGCCCAGAGCAUCCCGGCGCGCGCUUCGACCGCCUCACAACCCCCGCGUUCGACCCGACUGGCGCACCCCACCUACUCUGACCUUACGACUACUAGAUGCGCUGGCGCCGGUGCGACGGUUACAUUACACCAGUACCUCUCGCGGCGUCGCCCUGCGGAGCUACGAGUAUAUAUAUAAUUAUCUUUUUUGACCUGCGCCCGCCGGCGGUCCUAUAAGCUUUGUUUACGGACUGUCGUGCUCGCUACACGCACACAUCGCUAGAACCAUCAUACAUAUAUUCAUUUGGUC